AUGACAAAAUUAUCGCAAACACUUCGUUCGAGCGUUAAAAUUCUGCAUAAUAAUUCAGUUCCACUGAUUUACCGAGGAUUCAAAAUUUACUCAUCCGCUCCGGCCAUGAAAAAAGUAUUGGUGAGUAAAACCCGUGGGGUCCCCAGCUCCAGUACAAACUUGAAAGAAGCUCUCAGUGAAAAGAUUCCCCUGUACUACGACCUCCUCAGAGAAUUCCGGGAGGAGCACAAUGCCACCGUAAUAGGACAGAUAACAGUCGAUGAUUUAUACUCCGGCCUGUCAGGAGUGAAUACAACAGUGAGAGAGACGAGUGAGAUUCAUCCGGAGUUGGGGAUAACGUAUCGAGGAUUAACAAUGCCCGAAGUCGUUAAACUUCUUCCCCUGCAUGGGAAUUAUCCCAGUCCGGAGUCUGUCUUCUGGCUUUUAUUGACCGGGGACGUACCAACGGAAGUUCAGACGGCUUCUCUAGUGUCUGACUGGACGAAUAGGAGGGAAAGGCAGAGGUUUUUCUUCAAUGAACCCCAGAAUUUUCUGCAAUCUCUUCCUAAACAUGUGGGACCAACAACGAGGCUCUCUGUUAUUCUAGCUGCAUUCGAUUCUGGGGAGAAGAGGUUUAGAAGUCCACUCAGAGGCUCCGCCAUGAGCUGUACACAUUGGGAGUCUAGUUAUGAGGACAGUAUGGACCUACUAGCGAUUUUUCCGACAAUCCUAGCACUUGUGAAAAAUCCUGAGAACGUCAAAAACACGACUGAUGGCGGAGAUUGGGUCGAUUCUCUAUUGGGUUCUUUGAGAGUCUCCGGGGAGAAUUGCACGGUCCAAAAGUCAUCAACAGGGGACCUCCUGAGGCUCAUUAUAUCCCUCAAUGCGUAUAGUCAACUGGAUGAGGACGGUGGGGUGCCGAGUAGUCACAUUAGUCAGAUAAUGGGCUCGUGUCAGUAUAGUCCGAGGAAAGCUCUUGCUGCCGCCUUUUUAGCCCUUGUUAAUGAACCAACGACUGGAACUCUCUCUCAGUGCAUGAAUUUUCAAGAGAAAGUCCAACGUCUGUUAGGAGCCCAUCGAAAGGAAGACAUCCUACGCGGAAUAGUCAGUGCUUUCAUAAAAAAUCCCUCGGGUUUUCCGGGCUACCGGAUAUCAGAUUACUGCGAUUCCAGGUUCCUCAUCCUCCAGGAAUUCGCGAAUAAGAUCGACAUUUCAUCAUUACACCCGGAUGUAAAACUGUCAAUUGACAUUUCAAACGUCGUGCGAUCCGUAUCGCCUGCUGGAACUCCGCGACUGAUGCCUGAGAUGAAUUCCCUGGCGGCUCCCCUAUUCAAGUCUCACGGGCUGUACGACAUGGAAUACAAUCAAACUAUCCUCUGUAUGGCCCGUGCAAUGGGUUUGCUGGCGUCGAUAAUCUGGAGUAGGAUCGUCAAUCUCCCAGUGGAGAAUCCAACUUCACGAAGCACUCACACUUAUAUUGAAUCCCUCCGGAAUCGCUAA